AUGGUGCUUGACUACAGCAAAUGGGACUCUCUGGAGCUCUCCGAUGAUUCAGAUAUCGAAGUCCACCCGAAUGUCGACAAGCGAUCCUUCAUCCGUGCUAAGCAAGCUCAAAUUCAUCAGCAGCGAGAACAGCGCCGCCAUGAGAUCAAAACCCUGAAGUAUGAGCGCAUUAUCAACGAUGGAUUGCUGUCGCGCAUUGAUAAACUUCUCGAGUCCCUCAAGAAGCACGAAAACUCGUCCGCAUCUCCCGAUGAGUUCAUUUUUACCACGAUAAUGGAGUUCGCAAGCAACCCCGCCGAGGACCAGGCCCCUACCCCGCCGGAGGGAGUAUACACACACGAGCCGGAACAACCCAAGUUUUCUCAGAUGAUGAGUUCCUUAGUGGAUCAGGUGAAGAAGGAAAUUGGAGACUCCAAACCCGAGAACCUCUUCAAGGCAUACAUUAAGGGCGUGAACGGGCACUUGGAAAAGAUCCAGGGGCUCCAAAAAGAAUUAUUUGCGAAGCUUGCUCAACUUGAGAAGGAGGAAGGUUCUAAGAUUACCAGCGAUAAGCUACAUGAAGGUUUCAACCAGUCGCAUGUGACCAAAGCGGCUGAGAAAGAGAAGGGCGUGGCCAAGACAAAGGAGAGCUCUGUCGAGCUCUUGAACCCAGGUGCGGCAAGCUCCGCAACCAAGGCUGAUGACGAGGGCGAUGAUGAUGAUCCCGCCGAUGUCGAGAUUAGUCCGCUGGGAAAGAAGUUUGCUCAGCUCAAGCCUGGUGACUACAAGGCCUAUCUGCAGUUCAUUUCAGCGAACCCGGAAAUUGUCGCCGAGAAAGAGACUGAUGGUUUGCUUGUUGAGGCAUUCAACAGUCAGCUUAAGGGCCAGGAGGAUUAUGCUCGGCAGUGUGUGCACCAAGGUUUACUUCUACAAUAUUGUCGUUCGCUCGGUCGAGACGGUAUUCAGCUGUUCUUCACUCGCAUCACCACUAAAGAUCACCGCGCAUCAACCUUGUUCCUCAACGAUGUGAAUGAGACAUACGCCCGCAUCAAGUCUCGCUCAGCUGAACUCAGCAAGGAUGGCUCCGCAUCCAACGAUCCUGCGGGUGUAGAGCAGAUCCAGCUGCACGCUGUUGACCCCAACACCAAGAUUACUAUCAACCUCCCUGCCGCCAACAGCGAAGAUCCCACCGAGAUUGAGGUGCGCAAGAUCUUUGAUGCUUUCCCCACAGAUCUGCAGAAGGCUUUGGAGACCGAGUCCUUGGACGAGGUUAACAAGGUUUUGGGCAGGAUGUCUGUCGAGGAGGCGGAGGUUGUUGUGGAGCAAUUAGGCAAUGGAGGCAUGCUCAGCUUGGAGGAAGGCAUCGUGGAUGCUACGACAGCCGAGGGCCAGAAGAAAUUGAAGGAACUGGAAGCAGAAGGAAAGCAGGAAAUUGGUGAGCCCGGUGGCGAUGUCACCGAACUUGACUAA